GAAACACACGACCAUCAAAAACUCGUUCUGCAAAGCACCUUCCUUCAACGUUGUAAUCCUUCAACUUGAAUUCCCUCCCACACAUCCACUCCCGCCAUCUUAAUCAACGCUUGUUCAAGAUGCAUUCUCUCCGCCGCGCUGCUCUGAGGUCCGCCGCCUCGGCUUCGAGGUCUGUCUCGACCACGGCACGCAUCACCCCGUUUGCCACUAGAUUUACCGCAGAAUGCAACGCUGCGAGGAUUGCCUCGCCGGCGGCGCUCCGGUUCUUCUCGCAGACGAUGGGCAAGGCCUCCGAGAACAAUGAUCUCGAGGAGGCACAGCGCCAGUCCGAGGAGGACAUUGACCGCCAGGCUGCCGCCGACGCUCAACAGGACGUGGAGGAGUCCGUCGGACAGACCGAGGCCGAUAUUCAAGAGGCGAUGCAGGAGACCCCCGCCGCCCCCGCUGAACGGGCUCCCCGGCCUGCCCAUGCCGCCCAUUCCGCCUUCAUCCGCAACCUUGUGUUUGAGCUCAACGAGGAUCACCUCACCAAGGCCUUCGCGAAGUACGGUAACGUCUCGAAUGCCCACGUCGCGCGUGACCCUCGCGGUAUGAGCAAAGGGUACGGUUUCGUGUCCUUCGACACCGCCGAAGAACUCCAGGCCGCCUGUGAGAGCGUCAACGGCUCGUUUUGGCACGGCCGUCGUAUCACUUGCAUUCCCCGGAGCAAUGAACGCUCCGAGGGUCGGGACAAGCACCGGAACUCGCCCCGCGAACCGACUCCCCAGCUCUUCCUCGGCAACAUCCCCUACGAGACCACCGACGCCGAGCUCAACCGGCUCUUCAACGGCCUGGGCAACCUUAGGGACGUGAGGGUCGCCGUCGACCGUACCACGGGCUGGCCCCGCGGCUUCGCGCACGCCGAUUUUGCCUCGGUCGAGGCGGCCACCGCAGCCAAGGAGGUGUUGGAUGGUGCCAAGAUCGGCGACAGGGCUCUCCGGGUCGACUUUGCUCAAGGGUACACGAAAAACCGGCGGGAUGGGGACCGGGGCUUCCGCAACAACUCUCGUGACUCUCGCGACUCCCGCGACUCCCGGGACUCCCGGGACUCCCGCAACUUCCGCGACCGCGACUCGUCCGAAUCCGACUACUAAAGUAUGAUGGUGUGAUGGGAUGCUGACUAUGGGAAUUUGGCUGUCGGGAAUCUGGAAGAAGCCACAUUACUUGGGCGGCGUCGGUGGCAACUGUAAUAUGUAAACUCAUGCUUGGGGAUGUGUCUUUUCUUUUGCAGUCUAGAUGUGUAUAACAAAAACGAAAAUCUCCCUACA